AUGGCCCCUGUAGGACAGUCAGCGCGUCCAGUUACACCCUCGCGCCCAUAUCUUCCAACCGCAUUCCCGAAGAGCACAUGUCUACGACGUGGUUUAUGCCCUGUCACCGCUCUGCGCGCACAGGGACCUGAGGCCCUUGAGAGCCAUUCCCUAUACUACGAGGUCCAUGGGCCGAAGGAGGUCGCCGACUCCAUCCAAAAGGCCCAACCAGAGGAAAUUCAGAGAAACAAUCCAAACAAUGACGAAGCAUUCCAAGAAGAGAUGAAGAAGCUCGACAAGGUGGUGUUCAUCAUGGGUUUGAACUCGAGCAGUUUCUCAUGGGGCCCGCAAGUACGCUGGUUCGGCAAGGGCGGGAGUGGAAACAGCGAGAGAAAGGCAGCUGCUCUCGUGUUUGAUAAUCGUGGGGUAGGCAAUUCAGGAUACCCAAGGGGACCAUAUACAACCUCAGGUAUGGCAGAAGAUGCCAUAUGCCUUCUAGACUACCUAGGAUGGACAGGGGAACGCGAGUUGAAUAUAGUAGGAAUCAGUCUGGGUGGUAUGAUAGCUCAGGAACUCGCAUAUCGCAUUCCACACCGAAUCGCGUCCCUAGUAUUGGCGGUAACCACACCAGGAGGACAUAUUUGGAAUAACUUCCCUCCGAUGAAAGGCCUGACGUCCCUCACAAAGCUGAUGUUUACCCCAGAACCAAUAGAUAAAGUACCAACAGUACUAGACAUGCUCUUCCCUGCAAAAUGGCUUGCAGAGCGUGCUCAAUCCGACCCACAUGCAGAAUGGAACGGAAACACGGAGGAUAACAGGGAAGGCAAGACAAAUCGCGACGUACAGCAAGAGGGUUUCCUCCGCCGUGUAGCCAUCACCCAACCUCAACUCUUUCUGGGCCACAUCUCACAAAUGGCCGCUGGGCUUACGCACCAUGUAUCCCCAACCCGCCUGGCUCAAAUUGCUAACACCGUUCCAAAAAUCGCCAUUGUCACCGGCGACGAAGACAACCUCGUGCGGCCUAUAGGGUCCGUGAAGAUUUGGAAAGCAAUGACAGAAGGGCCUGGUCAAAACACAGCGGAGGUUCGGAAGAGGGUGGAGCUGCUACAGUGGGAAGGCACUGGGCAUGGUAUUCAUUCACAGAAAGAGGUCGAAUUCAACCAGCUUGUUGAAAGGUGUAUGAGAGAAGGUAAGGCGCUUGUCGAGGCUGGAUUCACGCCGCGAAGUUGA